AGAGGACGGAGACGAGGUUCAUCUGUAAAUUGGUGAGCUAGGAAUUUUUUUAUGUAAAAAAGCGGUGGAAAAUUAGGUUUGAGAUUUUUUUUUUGUUGAUAGAAUUUUUGAAAGUGUUCAUAGAGGUAAUUGUCAAUGAAAUCUUUUUAAUUUCAAUUUAUUUAUAAAAUAUAAGUACAUAUUUAUUACCAGUUUUCAUUUUUGGGAUUUGUGUUAUCGGAAUAAUUAAUUUUUUUAGAUCAAAAUUGACAUCAAAACGUUUUUCAGAAAAAAAAUUCGCGUUUUUCUACCUUUGAACUCAUUUGUUGAUAUUUUAGUUGCUACUCAGCAUUCAAGAGGUCGUCUCACCUGUUUUGUUUGAACUUAAAAAAAGAAUAUCGGCUGCUUUCUAAAUAAGAAUACUUGUAAGUCAUCUUAAACAGCUGUUUCUCUCGAUAAUGUGUAAAAGUAACUAGAAUCAAUGAAAAAUAAUUUCCCCAAGGUUAUCAAUCAACCUAUCGACCUCACUAAAUACCAUUGUCUUUCGGGAUUAAACCACAGUGAAUGUGAUACUGAAUAUGACCUCUGGUCUCUCGAUGCUAAAUAUCAUCGAACGUUCUUACUGAUAAUCACCGUUGUGCUUAUUUCAAUGUGAAACGUUCGCAUAAUUAGGACAAUUUGUCGUACGAUAUUUUGGAUAAUUCAUCGACAUCAAUCGAGUAGUUCAAGUGUUGAAGUAUGAGUUUUCUGAGUGGAGAACCUCUGAUUGAUAAUACCACUGAGUUGACAGAGGAAAAUCCGCCUCAGAGGGCUUCCAACAAUGCAGGAGCCGGAAUCUUGGGAACUAUUUUCCUGAUUGUGAACGCAACACUUGGUGCAGGUUUACUAAAUUUCCCCCUGGCAUUUGAUAAAUCCGGGGGUGCAGCAUCGUCUAUCAUCAUCCAAGCAAUUCUUCUAGUCUUCAUAAUAGCAUCCUUGAUAAUCCUCGCAGCAUGCAGCGACAUAACAAAGACUAAUUCAAUGCAAGACACUUUGGCCGGCCUGUGCGGACCAAAAGCUCUCGUUAUAUGCGGUGUCUGUGUCACGAUAUACGCGUUUGGAUGUUGCUUGACAUUUGUCAUCAUCAUUGGAGAUCAGUUCGAUAGAGUUCUAGCUACUUUCUACGGAAUGGACUACUGUCACCACUGGUUUUUAUCGAGGAACUUCAUCACAACCAUCAGUUGCAUAAUAUUCAUUCUCCCCUUGUGUUUCUUCAAACGUCUGGACGUCCUCAGCUAUACCAGUAGCAUUGGAUGCAUCACGAUUAUUUAUGUAGCCUGGGUAGUGAUUUACGAGGGCAUGAGGACAAUAGAUUAUCCGAAACCCACUCAAGUUUGGCCGAAGGAUGCAACUCAAGCACUUCAGAUAAUUCCCAUCAUCUGUUUUGCUUAUCAAAGUCACAUGACAGCGAUUCCGACCUACGCCUGCAUGAAGGACAGAAAUAUCGACAAGUUCACCAUUAGUGCAACCAUCAGUAUGUUAAUCUGCUGCGGGGCUUACACAUUAGUCGGUAUCAUCGGCUACCACACGUUUGGAACUGGACAUGUACCCAGUGAUAUUCUCCAGGGAUACACAGAUAAGAGUGUCACCCUGGCAGUGGCAAUAAUAGCCCUGGCAUUCAAGAACUUCACGACAUACCCAAUAGUCCUCUUCUGCGGUAGAAACUCCCUUUUGGGAUUAUUUUCCCCCGAUAUCGAGGCGAAUCCAACAGUUCGAAUGAUCGUGACUCUCCUAUGGUUCGUGGCGUCGCUGGUGAUAGCCAUUUUCGUUCCCGACAUAUCUCCAGUGAUAAAUUUCCUCGGGACCCUUUCAGCGAUAUUCAUCUUCAUCUGCCCUGGAAUCUGCCUCGUGCAGAGUGUCUUGAAGAGAGACCCCUCCCUGUACCUGAAUAAAAAUCGUUUCUUCAUGCUCUUCGCCCUCCUAACGACCGCUCUAGGAGGAUUUGCAGCAGGAUUUGUAUUCGUUCAAGCUCUCGAGGACUUCAGGAAACCCGAGAAGGCACUAGUCAGUGGAUUGAGAAGGGACCUGGGAGCUAGUCUCUGCGUCUAACUGCCUCUAUUUUUACGGAAGAAAUACUGAAACCUUCAAAAUACUCAAAAAAACAAUUUUAUUCAUCACAUAUUUUGCUGGAUAUUCUCAAAAUCAACAAUAAAUUUAAACUUUUUAUACUUCAAUAAGUCAUAA